GCCGGGCGGGGUGGGAGUGGAGACAGGAAGAGGGGGAGCCAAGGCCGGGAGCGGAGCCUCUCCUGUUCGCCCUCCCUCUGCGCCGGCCAUCCCCGCUCCCGGCCAUCCAACCCCGCUCUGGGCCAUCCAUCCCCGCUCCGGGCCAUCCAUCCCCGCCCCGGGCCAUCCCCGCUCCGGGCACCAUGUCCCGCGGCCGCUCCCUCCGGCGCCCCCCGCCGCCCCGGAUGCUGCUGCCGCUGCUGCUGCUGGCCCUGGCCGUGGGCAGGGGCCUGGGCCGCGCCAGCCCGGCCGGGGGCCCCCUGGAAGACGUGGUCAUCGAGCGGUACCACAUCCCCAAGGCCUGCCCCCGGGAGGUGCAGCGCGGGGACUUCGUGCGCUACCACUACAACGGCACGUUCGAGGACGGCAAGAAGUUUGACUCCAGCUAUGACCGCAGCACGUUGGUGGCCAUCGUGGUGGGGGUGGGACGUCUCAUAACCGGCAUGGACCGCGGCCUCAUGGGCAUGUGUGUCAACGAGCGCAGACGCCUCAUCGUGCCGCCCCACCUCGGCUACGGCAGCAUCGGCGUGGGUGAGGAGGCUGGGCCCGGGCCGGGGGAUGGCAGCAUCGGCGUGGCGGGCCUCAUCCCCCCGGACGCCACCCUCUACUUCGACGUGGUCCUGCUGGACGUGUGGAACAAGGAGGACACCGUGCAGGUGAGCACGCUGCUGCGGCCGCCCCGCUGCCCCCGCAUGGUCCAGGACAGCGACUUCGUCCGCUACCACUACAACGGCACGCUGCUGGACGGCACCGCCUUCGACAGCAGCUACAGCCGGGGCGGCACCUACGACACCUACGUGGGCUCUGGCUGGCUCAUCAAGGGCAUGGACCAGGGGCUGCUGAGCAUGUGCCCUGGGGAGAGAAGGAAGAUCAUCAUCCCGCCGUUCCUGGCCUACGGCGAGAAGGGCUACGGGACUGUGAUCCCCCCGCAGGCCUCCCUGGUCUUCCACGUGCUGCUCAUCGACGUCCACAACCCCAAGGACGCGGUGCAGCUGGAGACGCUGGAGCUCCCGCCGGGCUGCGUCCGGAGGGCGGCGGCCGGGGACUUCAUGCGCUACCACUACAACGGCUCGCUGAUGGACGGCACCCUCUUCGACUCCAGCUACUCCCGCAACCACACGUACAACACCUACGUGGGGCAGGGCUACAUCAUCCCGGGCAUGGACCAGGGGCUGCAGGGCGCCUGCGUGGGCGAGCGCCGGCGGAUCACCAUCCCCCCGCACCUGGCCUACGGGGAGAACGGGACCGGAGACAAGAUCCCUGGCUCGGCCGUGCUGAUAUUCGACGUCCACGUCAUCGACUUCCAUAACCCCGCGGACCCCGUGGAGAUCAGGACCCUGAGCCGGCCGGCCGAGGCCUGCAACGAGACCGCCAAGUCCGGGGACUUCGUGCGCUACCACUACAACUGCUCCCUGCUGGACGGCACCCGGCUCUUCUCCUCGCACGACUACGGGGCCCCCCAGGAGGCCACUCUGGGGGCCAACAAGGUGAUCGAAGGGCUGGACACAGGCCUGCAGGGCAUGUGCGUGGGCGAGAGGCGGCAGCUCGUGGUGCCCCCGCACCUGGCACACGGGGAGAGUGGAGCCCGCGGGGUCCCGGGCAGCGCCGUGCUGCUGUUCGAGGUGGAGCUGAUGUCCCGGGAGGAGGGGCUGCCCGAAGGCUACCUGUUUGUGUGGCACCAGGACCCGCCCGCCAACCUGUUUGAAGACCUGGACCUCAACAAAGACGGCGAGGUCCCGCCGGAGGAGUUCUCCACCUUCAUCAGGGCUCAGGUCAGCGAGGGCAAGGGCCGCCUCAUGCCGGGGCAGGACGCGGACAAGACCAUCGGCGACAUGUUCCAGAACCAGGACCGCAACCAGGACGGCAAGAUCACCGCCGAGGAGCUCAAACUCAAGUCCGACGAGGACCAGGAGCGGGUUCACGAGGAGCUGUGAGCGCCGAGCCCGGGCCGGGCCCCACACCGACGCCCGCGUCCGGGCACCGUGGGCAGAGGGGGGACGCCCAGCAGUCACCCCCCCCCCUCUGCGGGGACGAGGUCUGAGAGCAUCUCAGUGGUCAGAGACAGCCCGGUCUCCCCACCAGCCCGAGCACGAUCCACAGCGCAGACCUCUCCCCGUGCUUCUCCUCCGGCCCCGCACCAGCUCCUUCGGAGCCACAGCCAGUCUGGGGGCUGGGGGAGGCUGGGGCUGGAUGGGCCAUUGCUGGCCCCCACCCGCCCCUCCGCGUCACCACGGAGCACGGCCAAGCCAAUCAUUUCUAUUUCCCCACACUCCCUGUUUGUCCUUUUCCUCACCAUCCCCAGGCCUGCCCCCUUCCCGUCAUGGCAGCUCCCCAGGGGCGUGGGCCGGGGCUGGCAGAACCCCGUCUUCCUCCCACAGCCACAGCUGGCUCCAGAGGAAGGGGAGCCUCAGGAGAGCAGCCCUACCACCCCAGGCCCCUGCCCCUGCGCCGUCCCCGUCCGUCUGUCCCCCCCCCAGCGCUGCUGGGUACCUCAGGGAGCUGCAGGUCCGGGCUGGGCCGUGUCACCUUUCAUCCCUGAAGGCGGCUGAGGGGCUGAGGGGGAGGAAGGAAUAAAAGGGCAGGGUGAGGAGGUGGGUCUUGGAGCUAUGAAAUGAUUGAGAGCCGAGAUAAACCCGGAAGGGCUCACUGGGGCCGGGGGGAGGGGAGGGGCAGAGCUCUGCACUCAGAGCUCAGCUGGUGUCGGAUCUCCUUCUCCUCGGUGACGAAUAAAAGACCCAACCAGA